UAAUUCGGAUAACAGUUUGUUCCCUAGACCUUCAAUCAAAUAGUAAUCCUGACAGAUUUCGUGAUCGGUGAUGGCUUUUUGAAGGAAUAGUGACAACUAUAACCGAAAGACAGAGCAAGGAAGAGAGAUAGGUAAAUGCGGUCUUAAACCCAAAGAAAAAGAUCAAUGGGUAAAACAGACCGCAAGUAAUCCAUUACAGGAGGUGUGCAGGAAAAAGUGGGCCCAAUGGCGUGAGAGUGAAAAAGGAAGAUUCGAAGGCCCGCUCUUCUCUUACCAUGUAUUAGGACGAAGUUAUACAGGAGCAGGACACUUGGGAUGGGUUCGGAUCUGACUUGGCCUUAUAUGCAAGCUCGAGGUCUUCCACUAGCUCGUGGCUAAACCCUUAUCCCAGCAUGCCCUAGGAACGUCUCCCAGAUCACGUUUACUGCUAAACAAGAUUGGGUGCUCUUAAUGCUAGCGCUGGGAUGAUGGUCCAUCUACAGAGUGUAUGAAGGCUUCUGGAUUUGAUAUGUUUUUCUCACCGAAGGUAAUCUAUAAUGACCUAGUAGCCGGUCACCUAAUCCUGCACUAUCCUUGCACGUGAUGACAUUUUUACUGCUGGCUCACGACUCCUUUUUCCUGCUGCCAGAUACAGAAGCAGAGAUUAAACUUCCAGAUGACUUUCUCAGCGUCAUAGUCUAACAUGAAACAACAAAGAAAGGAAGUGCCAGGAUCCAGCGAUGGAUAUUUUAUCAACACAUAUCAGAAGCUGACACAGCGCUGUGCACAUACUCUGAUGUUUAAAAGCCUACAAAUGAUGGGAAAUGCGUGUAUGCUGACGCCAGGUCUGUGUGAGCAUUGUUUUACCAAAGGCUGUAGUAAUGAACUGUAGUGAAAAAAUUUCAUUUUGGCUGCCACUCCAGCUAUACAUUUUGUCUACAUUACACAGGACAGUCAAAGUGAAAUAGAAAGUCUUUGUGCUGAAAUAGACUAUCUCUUUUAACUGCUUGUAAUGUAUGGAUUCUCCACCUGUAAUGCUCUGAAGAAUAUUGUUUAGAAGAAAUCAAGAAUGAGCCAGAGAAGCCAGAAAAUAUUAAGGACUGUGCCUGAAUGUAUCUUUUGAGGAAUGGGAAAAAGUUUGCCUUCAGUGUAAUUUGACUGCAUGCUCACAGCUGGUGGUUUCUGGUCUGCAUUGGUCUUUAAAUCUUGACUUUUGUAAUACAAAUAGAAGGCAUGUGUCAUUUGCACUAAUUUUUUCUGCCGGUCACUUACUAAGCUUAAGAAGAAUGUAAAAUUUUCAUCUAGAAUGUAAUGCUGCAUAAAGCUAUCUCAUCUCAGGAGUUAAAUGUUUUUAGUAUUAUUGUUUUGUGUAAGGCUAUCGGAUUUACAAUUAAAUAAUACAGGAGGUUUGAAGUCCUGCAAGUGUCAACCUUCUUGUCUCCCACUAUGAGAAGAUAAACGUCUUUGGACUAUGACAGCAGUGUAUGUAAAUGGUGGGAGCAUGGGAAACCACCGGUAUGCAAGGUGGAGUCGUCAGGACAGCACAGAAGAUUACUCACAGACUGUUUGUUAUGAGGAAGAUGAAGAGGGUAAACAGCGCAGGUUGACACCCUUUGAGAAACUGACCCAAGAUAUGUCUCAUGAUGAAAAGGUUGUUAAAGAGCUAACAUUAGGGAAAAGAAUUGGCCUUUACAGAGUUAGAGGUGAAAUUGGCAGUGGGAACUUCUCACAAGUAAAACUGGGAAUUCAUUCUCUCACUAAAGAAAAAGUGGCCAUUAAGAUAUUGGACAAGACUAAACUAGAUCAGAAAACCCAGCGUCUGCUCUCACGAGAAAUUUCAAGCAUGGAGAAGCUUCAUCAUCCAAACAUUAUUCGACUUUAUGAAGUUGUAGAGACCCUUUCAAAACUUCACCUGGUAAUGGAAUAUGCAUCAGGAGGGGAACUUUUUACCAAAAUCAGCACAGAAGGGAAGUUAUCAGAGGCAGAUAGUAAAGUUAUCUUCUCACAGAUCCUCUCUGCUGUGAAGCAUAUGCAUGAUACCAAUAUCAUACAUAGAGACCUAAAGGCAGAAAAUGUUUUUUACACAAGCAACAUCUGUGUAAAAGUGGGUGACUUUGGUUUUAGCACCAUAAGUAAGAAAGACGAGACUCUAAACACCUUUUGUGGAUCUCCACCUUAUGCUGCUCCAGAGCUCUUCCGUGACGAGAACUACAUUGGAGUUUAUGUGGACGUCUGGGCAUUGGGAAUUCUUCUUUAUUUUAUUGUGGUGGGGGCCAUGCCUUUCAGAGCAGAGACAGUGGCCAAACUGAAAAAGUGCAUUCUGGAUGGGACUUACACUGUGCCACCACAUAUUUCAGAACCUUGCCAGCGACUAAUUCGGGGAAUUCUACAGCCAGUUCCAACAGAAAGAUAUGCUAUGGAUCACAUAAUUAACAGUGAAUGGAUGCAAGGGACCCAGUUUCCAAAGCCUCUUGAACCAUUUAAGCUGGAUCCAUCAUAUUUACUGGAGUCCAGCAACCUCAAAGAUGAGGACAUAGAAGUUAAGUUUUCCUUGGAGAAUUUAGGUAUUACAGAGGAACACAUUCGAAAUAAUCAUGGAAAAGACUCUCGCAGCUCAAUAACAGGAAUUUAUAGGAUUCUUCUACAUAGAGUACAGAAAAAAAGAGUAGUAGAAAGUGUUCCUAUAGUAACUUGUAUUGAACCCAAAGGAAAAGACUCAAAGAGAGAGAGACAUCGAUUUAACCGUGAAAUAAUACACACAUCCAAACUCUGCUUAAUUUUAUAAAUUGGUUUGUAAAUAGAAUUUUAUUUUUUGUAUAAAGAUAGUUUCUAAAUUUUUGCACAAUGGUAUGUUUUAUUGUAUUUUACUAGUAUUUUAUUUUUAAAUUAUUGCCUUUUUAAUUGCCCAAUGCACUGUAAGGGUUAGUUUACAGUUCCUGAAAAAAUAUUGUUUUCUGCUCAGAAGAAAAUAGUUUUUACUUUUACUACUCAAAAGAGACUAAUUUUCAAUUGUAUGGGUAUAUAGUUAUGAAUUCAUUUUUUUCUGAUAAUGAAAGGUAAACUAUUUUUACAUUUCCUUUUCAAGUACAAGUUAGAGCAUCACAUGAAUGGAUUGAACUUUAUAUGUAGUUUUUCCUGUUAACAGCUAAGAACUGUGGUUAACUUUGACCUUUACAAUUAAACUUGCAAAGAGUAAAUGUGUUUGGUAAUACACUUCAAGGGCCAAAAAGGAUGUUUUUAACUGUGAAAAAAUAGAUUGCUGUGUAUGUGUAGAUGCAAAACUGUCAUGAACCUA